GUUGACAGGGACAGAUGGAACGAAAAAGAGGGCUUUCCGAAGCUGUCGCCACGUGCCAAGCAGACAGAAGGCCGACGUUUGCGGGUGUCAAGCCCCCCUCUCUGGCUAAAAAAUCCACAGAAAGAAGCAGCUAACGCGCAAAACCAGCUGCGUUCAGAGAGCCAGACUGGAGGUACUCCGAAGAGGUCAAUCGGAACCUAUGACCGCGGUAUCGGCCAGGAUAUGGCCAAGAAUGCUCGCAGUUCGUCCAAUCAGGCUAGUAACUCAAAAGUUCAUGGACAAGCGGAGGAACCUCAGUUUCGCUCUUUGCAUGGCGCACGAGAGACCGACAAGUACAUCAACGCUGGCACGUGGCCUGUAUCAAGCUCUGUUCCAGGAUCUUUUGAGGGUGAACAGAGAGUUCGCACAAGAACCGAAGUCUACCCGAAUCAUACCCGUGCGCUCAAGCGGGGGCGAGAUGAGGUCGGAGACGGCUCUGCGGGAAAGGCACAGCCCUCUCUCGAGAAGCAACGUGCAGAAGCCUCACGCGCCAUGCAGGACCGAUCUGGCGCUAGGAGGUUUGAAAAGGCCAAGUCGCCAGGCACACCAAAUACAUAUGAGCGGCCUGUCGCAGACAUUGAAGCGGACGUGUGCGGCAGGUUUGAGAGGUUGCGGGCCAGUCUUGCAGAGAUAGAAGGUGAAAAGCCUGGGGAGCUGCCAUUGUUCACAAGCACCCAUGUCUCGGAUGUUGAGGCUCAGCGGCCAACACCACAUGCUGUGGGGGAGCAUACAUGCGAGUGGAGGGAAAAGUACUCCAUCUUGGCUACGGAAAUACGCUCACUUAGAGCUGAGCUUUCGUCCCGCACUGCUCUGAGACAAUCGGUGGCCGCUGCUUCGGCAGAUCAAACAGUGAGACUGGAGAACGGAGACCUGGGCAUCGAAGGUGUCACCAUUGUCAUGCAUAUCCGUAGCAAGGACGAUCUGGUCAUAAACACAGAUCUCAGCUGAAGUGGAACAGAGCGCGCGCCGUCCCUGAGGAGACUGUAUCUACAGGCGAAUAGCACAAUGCUGUUCUCAGGCCACUGAUGAACCUGUAUCAAUAACUCUCACU